AUGUAUCCAAACCAAGGUAUUGGCGGAGGAGCAUAUCCUCAGGGUUCCGGUAUCGGUGGCGGAGCUCAACCUGGAUGGGGCGGUGGAAUUGGCGGUGGAGCGCAACCGGGCGGCUACACCCCAUACGAUGGUGGAAGUGGAAUUGGAGGUGGUGUGAAUCCUCAAGGUCCUCCACCAAUCGGAGGAGGUGCAGCUCCUGACCCAUACUAUCCUCAGGGAGGUGGUAUUGGAGGUGGUGCAAGACCAGGAAACCCUGGAAUUGGAGGGGGUGCUACGAUUGGAGGAGGUCCGUUUUUCCCACCCCCGUACCCCGGGCAUGGUCCACGUUUCUAUGACAGUGUUCUCCAUGACAGUAUGGCUUUGCAUGUCUUUCCCUAG